AUGUAAUAAAGGGCUCGCUCGCUAAUUGCUAGGCAAUAUUACAAAAAUAAAUACGGUCCAUAAUUGAUUGAGGAUGACAAUGUGUUGGAUGUAUAAAUAGGAGAUGAUAAUACAUUACAAGCAAGACAAGGUUUGGUAAUCACAAUAAACUCAGAUGAUGAAGGGCCAAAACAGAAACCCUCAUUGCCUAACUUUUCAGAGACAGUUGUCAAAAAAUAAGAAUGUACAUUGCAAAAAUUUGAAGACAGAAACAGUACAUCACAAUUACAACUCACUUUGCAAUAACAACUACAAACACAAACUGAUGUCUACAAACAAUAGCAAAAUUAAGUUAGCAAUACACUUGAUAGUAUGUCAUAAUUGUAAAAGUCACUUUCACAAAUUAAAAUCUAAUAGCCUUAACCAAGUUAGACUGUGAGCAAUCAUUAAUAAUAACCAUAACAUUAAAAAUAGCAAUAAGUUAGGUAACCUAUUACUAAAGGAUUUGGAGAACAGAAUCAAAAAAAUAAUGAGAAGCCAAAGUAAAAAGUCAUCUCAAUUCCUGAUCAAAUUCAAACAAAAAUGAAUAUAGAAUCUGAUGAAGAGGAAGUACAGAUGAAUAAAGUACCUAGAAAACAGGUAAGACCUAAUGAAGAUGAAACUCUGCCCUAAAUUCAUUUCAAAAAGAAAACAGAUGUUUUUUCUCAAUUGAAACAGAAGAUUACACAACCAUUAAAUGAAAAUACAGCUUUACAAAUCUAAUAUAAAUAUAAGUAAAGAGAUGAACAAUCUCCAGAUGUGGAACCACCUCAAAAUGUUGCACCUGUCUCUUAUUAAGAUUUUAUUGCCAUGAAGAAUAGAGAGAUCAAUGCUGCUAAAUAGAGAAAGCAAGAUGAGGAAUAUAGAAAAAAAAGUGGGCUUCCGGAGAAAAUAAGAGAAGGGGAGACUUUGCACUAAUAUCAAUAGAGAAUGAUAGAUUAUUUGCACAGAUAAAAUAAAUAUAAGAACAAGCAGAAGUACAAGAGGGGCACUGAUUUGGACAACAAAAAAACAGCUGAAGAAAAACAAAAGAUCAGCGAAUUAAUGAAAAUGAUUGAUCCUAAUUUCUAAUAAGAUGAUAUAGAUGACAAACCAAUCAAACCAGAUCUCUUAAAUUAUGAUGUCUUACUUAAAAAUGGUUUAAUCUUGAAAUAAGCCUUUGUUAAACCACCUGAACCUGAUAUCAAUCCCAUGCUUAAUGUUUACAAAAGAGGCAGAUAUGCAACUGAAUUCAUCUUCAGUGGUGGCAUCGAUAUGGAUGAUGGACCAUAUGGAUAAUAAACAAAAAAGAAACCUAAGAAAUUGCCAUUCCCUAAACAUCGAUUAAGUUUAUCACCUUGGGAAUACUAUGGAGUAGGGCCAGAGGAAUAUUUUGCUACCAGAAAUCCUAAUUUUGAAUUCAAAUAGAAAUAUGUCCCUGUUAAGGAUUAUUAUAAUGAAAUGCCAAGGCCUAAACAAAAUCCAAAAUAUUUUUGUUAUGACGUAGAUUAAUUGCUGGCUAAACGAUACUAAUCCAUUCAUCAAGAGUAUCAAUACUAAACCUCAUUUAUUGGUUAUAAAUAAAAACAUUGGACUCCUGCAUCUCAUUUGAAAGCUGUUUGUCCAAGUUUAGUAUUAGAAUAUGAGAAGUAUGAAAGGGACAGACUGUUUUGUUAUGUUGUUUGUGCAAAAGUAUCAAAAUAUUAACUCAUUGAAACAGUUGGAAUCUUAACUUCGAAAUACACCAAAAAUAAAAUAGAAAAUUUGGUGAUGACCUAUUGGAAGGGUGAUUCAAAAGGAGAAAAAAAGACAAUAUCAAAUUUAGAGAAACAAGUUCCUCAAGAGCAAAUGAAAUAAACUGAUGAGAUGGAGUUGUUUAGAGAUGAUGAGGAAGAAGAGAAUGAAAAGAAGAAAAAGAUAAGUAAAGAGCAAAGACAUCUAGAAGAUGAAUGGGAUCCUACUAAAGAUGAAGCUACAGAAAGAGGCAGGAGGAAUAAGUUGAGAAAAGAGAAGUUUUAAAGAAUUGCAGAAGAAUUAAAAUUAAAGUAAUAAAUUUAACCUGACAAAAACAAAAAGAAAUCUAAAAAGGAAGGUGAAGGGGAGAAUAAUAAUAAUAUGGAAGAGGAAAAUUAAGCUAAGGAUGAUAAUUAACCAGUUUAAUCAAAGAAGGAAUAAAAAAAAUAAAAGAGAAACAGAAAAAAGAAAUAAGAAUAAUCUAAAUAAGUUGUUGAAUAGGAAGCCAAUCAAUUUGAAUAGUACUUCUAAUAAGAACAACAAAAUGACAAUGAAGAAGUACAAUCGAAGUAAGAUAGUGAGGAAUAAGUAUUUUAUGACAAUGAAGAUCUAGUUUUCAAAGCCAAAAUGGUUGAAUUCAAUUAAAAGAGAUUCAAUUUCACAGGCACGGAUGUCGAUCUGUAAGAAAGCAUGAAAUUAGUUUUUCCAAACAAUCAACAAUCAAAAUUGGAUUCAGAGAGAUAUAAAUAAUUUAUGCAGAAAUGA